CAUUUUUGUCACUUGUCUUGUUACUCUGCUGUUUUGCCUCUCUCUUUCACACUCAUCGUUCAAAGCCUAGAUUCUCCAUCUUUCUUAUGUUCUAAAGAUGGCGGGAUCUAACCAAAUAUCUACCGUUGAAUCUGUGAGGGAGUGGGUCUCCGAGCACAAGCUUCGCACCGUCGGAUGUCUUUGGCUAAGCGGAAUAACGGGAUCGGUCGCAUACAAUUGGUCAAAACCCAACAUGAAAACCAGUGUCAGGCUCAUCCAUGCUAGGUUGCACGCACAGGCACUCACACUAGCCGCGUUAGCUGGUGCUGCAGCAGUUGAGUAUUAUGAUCAUAAAACUAACAAAAAUGCCGAAAGAUAUCCCAGGUUCCUCGACAUGAACUCGUAUGCACAGAAGAAAUGAACAGGCCGCCAUCAAUGGACAAAGCAUUGAGCACAUGAUUCAAUUUUUGUGCAUUUUUGUGGGUUUUCUUUUAUGUAAAAUUCUUUACAUGGUAGCAUGAGUCCUUUUCUGGCUAACAUGUCUAUUGUAUCGCAGUGUUAAAAAUAAGAAAAGACCAAAACCUACUGUAUUUUGCUCUCUA